GUCUGAUUCCCUGCCGACAACUUUCGUGAACGAUGCUGGUCUUAUUGAGGAUCUUCGGCUCUUCGAUCCCGAUUUCUUCGGCAUCUCCCAGGAAGAGGCGCAGAUGCUGGACCCGCAGCAAGCGCUUCUGUUAGAAGGAGCAUACCAUGCCAUCAGCCAGGCACCCGACCUAGGCAAAGAUGUGGGAGUUUGGGUUGGUUGCAGUGCCAGCGAGAACCUGGAUUUGGCAGCCAGGGAGUUGCAAAGGCACAAGCCGUCUUUAUCAGGACUCUUUGCGGUUGGGAACAACCGCAGUGCAGCUGCAAGCCGGCUGUCAUACGUCUUCGAUCUGCAGGGGCCAGCCAUGUCAAUUGACACUGCCUGCAGUUCAUCACUCGUAGCCAUAGAUGUCGCCAUUGCAAUGUUACGCUGUGGCGAUCUUGGCUCGGGCAUCGUUGCAGGUGUGAACAGUAUUUGCUCGCCAGUACUCAUGCAGAGGUAUGUUGACAUGGGUAUGCUUUCCAAAUCCGGCUGCUGCCGAACCUUUGACGAGGCAGCGGACGGAAUGGUUCGCAGUGAAGGUUGCGGAACACUCGUUUUGAAAGUCAACGCAUCUGGCUUGGCCAAGGCUCUCGGGUCAGCCACCAACCAAAACGGGGGCCGAAAUAUUGGCAGUUCGAUGAUGCGCGAUCCAGAACGCAGCAAACGUAUCAUGUGGCCAAAUGGCAAAGCUCAGCAGAUUCUGAUUGAGGCAGGACGGAGGCGUGCCGGAAUUGCCGCACAUGAAGUCUGCCACAUGGAAGCCCACGGCACUGGAACAAAGUUGGGCGAUCCAACAGAGGCUGCCGCAAUUUCUGCAGUUGCAAGCUGUCGCACAUUUGUCAGUGCAGGGAAGUCGAUCCUUGGACACCAUGAGGGUGCUGCAGGCAUGAUGAGCUUGCUGAAGGUGAUAACCUCCUUCAAGCGUGCCUGUGUGCCAUCCAAUCCGCACCUGCGCUUCUCCGGCACCAAUGCGCAUAUGCUGGUCAGAGUUGAUUCGAUCUCGGAAGUCAAGGUGAACGCACCCUUCAUUCUGCCUGUCGCAGCAGCGAGUAGCAACUCACUUCUGAAGCACACCUCGCAGCUGAUCCAUUGCUGUCAGGCAGCCUGGCGCCCAGCUCCGCUGGAGCGUGUCGAAGCCAUUUGCACCUCCUCCGCCAUGCAGGCUGGAAGCUUCCCAGGCUGUGUUCCCAGCCAGAGGGUGCUACGAAUCGCUCUGGUGGGCAACACGCCUGAAGAUCUCGAAGCUGACUUGCACCAGCCACAUGAGCUACGCUCUCACGCAGUUUCGGUGGGUGCCGAGUUCAGCUUUCCAGAGCUGAAGCCAUUGAGUGGAUUGGCAAAGGAGCUCUACGAGCGCAAUCAUGUUUUCAGAAGUAUCCUGAAUUCGUGCUCGCAGAAGCUGGAGGCGAGCCUCGGAGGUUUGUCUCUUCGGGACCUACUGUAUGGCAGCAAGUCAUACGAGCUGUCGGGACAUCCUUUGAGCGCGCAAGCUGCUGCUGGAGUCGUGCAGUUUUCCUUGGCCGGGCUCUGGAUGAGCUGGGGCAUCAAGCCAGUGAGGCUCAGUGGACAGGGCCAAGGUGCAUUGGUAGCCCAGGCAUUGCAGGGCGUCUACAGUAUCGAGGAUCUGUGCAGUGCCUCAAGACUGCAGAAGCUGUUGAAACCAGACCCGCCCAACAAGUACGAGACGGGCCAUCCAAGUCAGCAAGAUAUUUGCUUGAUACACAUGGGUGCAAGGAGUCAAGAUGGGAUUGACCAUGGACUGCCCUGCUUGAGCAGGGGUGGUGGCUUGAAGACACUGGCACGGGCUGUGGCUAGAUGGUUUGAGCAAGGUGGGCACGUUCACUGGGACCGGUAUGCUGAUAGCUUCGGGCGCUGUCCACAACCGGUGUCCCUGCCUCCCUAUCCCUUUGAGCGAAUGCAUGUGGCAUCUCUGGUGGCAGAUGAUGCCCGAGAUGCGCGUCAAGCAUCCCAAGUUCCAAAAGCAGACAGCAGUGACAGCGUCAGGCACAAUCCACAACCUCCAUCUCCGCAACCUGCCCUGCACCAUGUAUUGGCAGUAAUUUCAGAAGUGGUGAGUCGAGAUCUGGCUGAGCUGGAUCCCAAGCACACGGCCGUUGAGAACGGUGCUGACUCCGUCAAUAUUCCUGAGAUACAGAGAAGGUUCCAGCAACAGGGCGUGAAGGUCACUCUAGAGCAGUUGUAUUCUGUGCCUUUGAAAGACCUUUUCCAAGCAGGGCCUUCUGCGUGUAUUCCGUGCCACCCAGAGGACCAGCACAAGCCAUUUCCUUUGACGCCAAUACAAGAGGCUUAUGCUUGGGGGCGCGAGGUGAGCGGAGUGUCAGCUCAUGGCUACCUCGAAGUCGAUGCGCCCGCUAGCAACUUCGACUUGGACAACUUCAACGCUGCUUUCCUCCGUCUGAUCCGGCAUCAUCCCAUGUUGCGAGUGCGCGUGCUUCCGCUGGAUGCUCAGAUUGAUGGCUUCCAACAGCUGGUUCUGAGUGCCCCCGAGAAGUAUGAGUGUGAAGUAAUUGACCUGAGGGACAUAGGCACUGAGGAGGAAUGGGCAACCAAAGAGUUGGAGCUGCGACAGCAGUUCUCACACGAGGUGAUUGACCUUCAUACCUGGCCGUUGUUUCGAAUACGCGUUUCCCGACGCCGUGAUUUCAACGGAGGCAGUGACUGGUGGAGGUUGCAUUUUUCCUUCGACUCAAUGUUACUGGACAUGUACAGCUUAAGAAGAUUGUUUGCCGAGUGGUAUGAAGUCUACACAGCCCCUGGCGCUUGCAAGCCCGACUUGUCCUUGACUUUCCGAGACUGGGUGCUGUGGUCGGAAGAUCAAAAGGCAGGCACGGAUUACAAGCUAGCAAAAGCAUACUGGGAAGGGCGGUAUGACACAUUGCCGGGAGCCCCGCCAUUGAGGCUUCUGCAAAACCCCAGUGAUCUGAAGCACUACCGCUUCGAGAGGUGCAUGAAGCGAGUUGCAGCUUCGACAUGGGCAGCUUUGGGCACAGCUGCAAAGCAAGCAGGCCUUACAAGCACAUGUGUCCUCCUUACGCUUUUCGCGAAGGUCCUUGGACUUUUCUCUGAAUCACCAGACUCACCAGACUUUCUUGUGAACCUUACCCUCUUUAACAGGGACACCAUGCUGCACGAGGAGAUAAACAGCAUCAUCGGAGACUUCACAUCCGUCAUUCUCCUAGCCGUAGGCACGGCCCGCUUUGGACAGGAGCCCUUUCAGACUUCGGCUCGAGGCGUUCUGGAGCAACUUCGGAGGGACUUGCGCCACAGCCAGUACAACGGCGUCAACGUCCAAAGAGAGCUCAUGCGUCGCAACGGUGGUGAGGUUGUUGCGCCAGUGGUGUUCACGAGCUUGCUUUCAAUUCCCUUGGCAGAUUCAGAUGGCGUUGAGUCAGUCGGCCAGCGCUUUGGCAGUACUGUGUUCAGCAUCACGCAGACGCCGCAGGUGUGGCUUGAUUGCAAGGUCUUUGAGGCAAAAGACAACGAGCUGGUUGUGGAAUGGGACUAUGCUGGUAAUCUGCUUGACAGGACGCUGGUGGAGGCCAUGCACGAGAGCUUUUGCUGGUUGGUGGACAGAGUGGCUGAGCCUGCAUUCGACUGGCAGAACAAGCCGCUGCCAGACACCCUUGCAGAAUCUGGCCUCACAGCCUGGAGAUCAUUCAACCAGACUGGGCAGUUUUGGACAAGGGACCAGUGCCCAAGCACGCUGGCUCAGUUGCUGCGACGAAAGUUGCAGCGCUCCAGCUCGGAAGUUGCUGUGGUAUACACAGAGGAAGACGUGACCAUUUCCUGGACCAUCCAGGAGCUGCGCAGCCGUGUGCUCAGCCUGGCAGAGCACAUCCGUGGCCUUGGCAUUGGACGAAAUGAUCUAGUGGCUGUCCACAUGCCUCGGUCAGUCGGUCUGGUGGUCGCGAUUUAUGGCAUCAUUGAGGCCUGUGCAGCCUACCUGCCCUUGGAUUGUGACCAGCCGCAGCUCCGCAAAGAAGACAUGCUGAUGGCCAGCAGCAGCAGGCUUUUGAUACGGGGUCAUCAGACAGUGCUGCACUUCGAUGGGCCCACAAUUGUACUGGACCCCAUGAAUCCCAGCGUGGAUGCAAUGGUGACCGUCUGCAGUGAGGACGCAAUUUGUCCUGGGCCCACGGACCUCGCGUAUGUCAUAUACACAUCCGGGUCAACUGGGCGCCCGAAAGGUGUGGCCCUGCAACAUAGAGCAGUCAUGAACCGUUUGGCGUGGAUGGAUGAGACUUACAGACUGUCAGAGCAGGAUAUUGUCAUGCAGAAGACGCCAUGCACUUUCGAUGUUUCGGUCUGGGAGUUCUUUUGGCCACUGUUUGGAGGGGCAUCGCUUCUUGUGGUGCGGCCUGAUGGACAUGCUGAUCCUCACUAUCUGUGGAAACAGAUCAAAUUGCACAGAGUCACAGUUAUGCAUUUCGUGCCAUCCAUGCUGAGGCCUUUCGUCCUACAGAAGCAUGAUCCCACAGACCUGUCAUCCCUCAGGCACAUCUUCUGCAGUGGGGAGGCUUUGCCACAUGACCUGGUGCAAAAAGCCUAUGCUAUCCUGCCAGCAGGAACACAGAUCCACAACCUCUACGGCCCGACUGAGGCUGCCAUUGAUGUGACGUUCUGGCCGUGUCCGCGUGAUGUCUGCCCCACCUCCAUUGGUCGGCCAAUCGCAAACAUGCAGGUCUUCCUUCUCAAGGAUGGCCAUUUGUGUCCUCCAGGUGUUCCUGGCGAGUUGCACUUAUCAGGUAUCGGCCUGGCUCAGGGAUACCGACACAACCAGGAACUCUCCGACAAGGCCUUCAUCACAAAAAUUCCUCAGAUUCUUCGGGAGAUGGGCGUCAAGCGUAUGUACAGGACGGGUGAUGUUGGCCGGCUUCGGUGCAACGGGACCAUUGAAUAUCUCGGUCGCUUGGAUCGCCAGGUGAAAAUCAACGGGCAGCGCGUGGAGCUUGGCGAAAUUGAGAGUGUGGGGUCCCAGUGCCGUUUUGUGCAGCCAUCUUCCCUCGUAAUCGAAGCUCAAAACGGCUCAGGGCAGAAAGCAAACCGCAUUGCCAAAAGCCUCAAGGAGAAGUCGAUUCCACGCGGUUUUUCUGCGGAUCACUACCUGAAACUGACGGCCAGAUCUGGCUGCGACAUGCACUUCAAGAGGAGGACCUCGCGGACAUUCGGCCGCGCUGGCUCCGAGUUGCCCGGGCAGCUGCUUUCCAUGCUUUCAGAUGCUCAGCCUUCGAUGCACUUCCGCGUUGUGCCCGCAGAUCUUCAUGGGCAUGGCCACAGACUAUCUGUCGGCCAAGUCGACAUGGAGGCAAUCUUGGCCCCAUUGCGGAGACUCGUCGAUGAAGACAACGUUGGAAAGUAUCUAUUCCCAUCAGCCGGCAACACUUACUGUGUGCAGACCUUUGUCGCAGCAAACGGUCACGAGCAUCUGUACCAGCCGGACGGACACCAACUGCUUCUUGCAAGCCCAACCUCCUGCAGUUCCGGCAACAUACUGCGCAGCUCUGGGGUCAAGCUUUGCUGGAAGCAUGACCUGCUUUGCGAGCUGUACCCGGAGGAGCUCUACCCUGGGGCUGCCCAGCGAUUUGCUGAAAUUGAAGCAGGUUGCAUGAUGGCUCUCGUGCAAGGGGCAGCAAAAUGUCAGGGAAUGGAUGUCGAGGCCAUCGUCCACGAGGAGCACGAUCAGAUCGCCUCUCUCCACUUCGUGUCAAACGAAACACCUGCCACCACUGCUGCGGCUAGUUCAGAUCUCCACCUGUACCUGUAUCUUCUGAAGUCAGUGAGUGGGAUGGCUGCUGGACUGUACGAAUGGAUAGGCGGCCGCCUGCAGGUUGUCGACUGGGCCUCGAACGAGGUGAUCUGGAAAUUGCAACAGCCAGAUGCUGCGUCCAUUAUGUACACGGCAACCUUCUUGCUGCUCUGCUUUGGUGCCAAGACCCGAGCAUCCCAUCUGCAGGCUGGGUUGAUGCUUCAGCACCUCACCUUGUCGGCAGUUGACUCUCUCGCAUUGUGCCCUUUGGGCCGCGUGGCCUUGCCGCACGACUUCCCAGCACCAACAGCUUGCGAGCUGAUUGUGGCAUUGGCAGGAGGUGCAUUGUCCGGUUCAUCUGCGGAGCCACGGCGUUGGGGAGACCUUCUUAAGGACCACUUCCUCGAGCACCUGCCGGUCCACAUGGUGCCGCGCGACAUUGUCUUCAUUCCAAAGAUGCCGCUGACUGCUUCGGGAAAGCGCGAUGCCAAGCAACUGCCAGAACUGACUCGGGAGGCUCCCUGUGAAGAGGCUGACUUGACUGCAGAUGAGCAGAGGCUGGCCGACGUGUGGUUUGACCUCCUUGGGACUCGACCAUCGAGACGGAGCAGCUUCUUCCAACUUGGCGGUGACUCGCGAAAAGCCCGCCAGCUCCGCCACAAGUUGCAGGAGAAGUUCGGAGUGCGGUUAUCUAUUCCCGAUUUGUACAAGGCGAGCUCUCUUGAAGAAAUGAUGCAGGCCAUUCGGACCAACUCUGCGGAAGCACGAAUACCAGCCUCGAUGCCACGCAAAUGCAAGGCAACUUUCGGCCAGCUCGGAAUGUACCAAGCUGUCCGCUUCAUGCCCGAGCACUGUCAGGCAUACCACAUCUACGUUGAGUUGCCUCUGUGUGGUGACUUGAAUUCUCUGCGCCUACAAGAGGCUUUGGCAAAGGUUGAGGGUUGCCAUCCCAUGCUAUCCACCAUCUUCAAAGAAUCCGAGACUUCUGAGCUUCUCAUGGUCCCCUGCCAACAUCGUCUCCACUUGACUCACGUUGACUUGCGAGCAUCCAGCGAAGCCGAAUGCCAGCAGAUCUCCAUAGAGGAAGUCACCCAGCGUCUUAUCCAGAAACCUUUUGAUCUCGCACACGGACCGCUGUGGCGAGCGAGCCUCAUUCAGCGCACGGAUCGUGAGCGUGUUCUUGCCUUGGUCUUUCAUCAUAUCAUCGCAGAUGGGGAGUCCAUCGAUCUGAUAGUCAAUGACCUGGCAUUGGCAUACAACGGUGGACAGCUGACGCCUCCUGCAAGCACCUUUGCCCAAUUUGCGGCAAAUCAUGAGGCCACCUUGGAGAAGGCCACGGAGAAGCUUGCAUUUUGGCAUCGUGAGCUCGUCGGGUUGCAGAGGACGGAAAUCCCCGCUGAUGCCGAUCGUAGCAAAUGCCAUGGUCGCUCCGGUGGUCGUGUCAGUCGAGAUAUAUUGCAGACCGAAGUCAGCAAGAUCAGCUCUAGCCGCCAAAAUCCAGCGGCAAUAUUGCGGAGCGCGUGGUGUUGGCUUUUGCAUCGCGCAUGCCAGCAGGAGGACAUUGUCACAGCAAUAGCUGCGAGUCAUCGAUACGAUGGCUGUGAAGACAAUGAUCGUGUUGUUGGCUUGUUUGUGAACAUGCUUCCAAUGCGGUCCAGAUACAACAGUCAGAUGAGCUACGAUCGCUUCAUCAGCAGCGUUGAAGACUUUCGAUCAGCAUCCUUUCAGAACCAACUCCCCUUUACGUACCUGUUAGAGAAGCUAGAUCCUGGUACAGUGUGCAGGGAUUCACAAGGCCGCCAACCGCUGUCGCAGACGCUGCUGAUUCUGCUCGAACUUGGUUCAAGCACCGACGAGCUCCACUUCGAUGGUUUGGAAAGCAUUCCGCGUCUGGUGGCGCGCGGUGUGGACACUAGCUACACGAGUGUGGAAAGCCUUGCAAAGUAUGAUCUCACGUUGCGGGUUGACAUGCUUCCUACCCAUUGGCGCCUUAGCUUUGAUUUUGCUUCCCUGCUGAAUCGCGACAGAGUCGAGAAGUUGGCUGAUGAGUUUCUUGAGCUGGUGCACAUCCUGACGAAGGUUUUCAAGGCGAGGUGUGGGGAGUGGCACGGCUUCUCAGAUGAACAGGAUGGACAGGAGGCCAUUGCGAACGCCACAGAGACCUGCAUGGUCUCCGAGUCUGUGAAGGUGUGCGACCCUCCUUCGCAGGCACUGCGACAGGAAUGCCUCUCUGAUUGGCUUCUGGCAUCCCUGGGGUUUGCAGGGCAGACUGAGACCAUGGUGGCGCUAUAUGUGGAACGUGUGCCGUUUGUCCCGCUGGAUGUGUUGGCGACGCCGCCGGAGCGAGCCAGAACAAUACUGGAGGACUCCGGGGCUCGAGUUCUCCUGACGAGCUCAGGAGAGAUGCCAGAGUGGUGUAGGGCAAUGUUGGGACUGCAAAUUCUCUCAGUUGAUGCCUUCUGCAGUGCAGACUCCUCAGCUGGCGCAACGGUACCCAGCAUGUGUAAUGAUGACACGCGCUUGGCCUAUUUGAUGUACACAUCGGGAUCCACUGGUGUCGAGAUUUGCCGUAGCAGCCUGCUCAGCUUCCUGAAGACGGCUCUUGAUUUUCCAGAGUGGGCAUGCAUCCAGAAACUGGCACGACGUGGUGGUGACAUCAUGUUGCAGGAGAUUGAGAUGGCUGACGCUUCCGUUGUUCAGCUGACACCAAGUGGCUGGCAGUUGCUGCCAUCAGGCAUGUACGGUCGCCUUCGGCGAAGCGAUUUCCUUGCUCUCUGUGGUGGCGAGGCAAUGCCCAUGAAGCUGGCGGAACGCUUCAGCGGUGGCAAAGUUCUCAACCUGUACGGGCCAACCGAGACCACUAUUUGGGCUACCGUAUCCCGGCUUCAUGAAGCGACCGGUCCGGAAGUUGAGAGGAACAUUGGCAGUCCCAUGGCCCAUGUGAAUGCGAUUGUGACGACCGUUGAUCAUCCGGAUGGAUCCGCUGUUGCAGACAGCGUUGGCGAACUGCACUUAGGCGGCCCAGCUGUGGCCAGGGGCUACCGCAAUCUGCCAGAGAUUACCUCUCAGAAGUUCUGGCGCUGCACGCAGCCUGGCCAAGAAGGGCUGAGGAUGUAUGCCACUGGGGAUCUCGUGAAAAAGUCGAAGGAUGAGAGAGACUUCAUCUUCAUUGGCCGCAGGGACUCCCAAGUCAAGCUUUCGGGCCACCGCGUGGAGCUCGGAGAGGUUGAAGCAUGCCUGGAAAGCCACCCAUGUGUGGUACAAUGCGUGGUCGUAUUGCAUGAGGAAAUUUCGCUGGUCGCAUUUCUGGUUCCAAGGGAUCAUGCGAACCAGAGUGGCAGCUUGGAAGCCGAACUGCGCAUGUUCGCAUGCCAGAGGCUGGAAGGCCACAAGAUUCCCUCAAAGUUUGUUUUCCAGGAAGCUCUUCCUCUAACCGCGAGUGGCAAAGUCGACCGAAAGCAACUGCAGUCCGGUCUCAGCAAGGCGCCAGAGGGAGAAACAGGCCAUGCAACAUCCGUGGAUGGCAUUGCAGAAGAUGUCCGAGCUGUUCUGGCUUCUGUCUUGGAGGAAGAAAUAGAUGUGGAUACAGACUUCAUCAAGCAUGGCCUCGUUUCUCGUCUCAUCAUGCAGGCACAUGCUCGCCUUCAGCAGCGCUUCCCUGAACUAAAAGUCAGCGAUUUCUUCGACUACAGGACUUGCGCACAGCUUGCUAGCGAGCUUGCACGGCGUGAGCCUCCUCAACCGGGUCCUCUUCCAGGUGGUCUCCAUUGCCUGCAGACGCCUUCACCAACGCAGAGAGGCUGUGUUACUGGUUUGGCCGUGCGAGCUGGGAUGUCCCCAGACUUGGCAACAUUCUGGCAGAAUCUGACUGACGGCAAGGAUUGCAUCACAGAGUUCACACCGGAACAGUUGCGUGCCAUGGGUGUUCCAGAGGACGAGUACAGUCUGACGAACUAUGUUAGCUGCAAAGGCGUGAUUGAGGACUUCGCUUGCUUUGAUUUUGGUUACUUUAGGAUGUCGUCGCAAGAUGCCCAAGAGCUCAGCCCAUUGCAUAGAUGCUUCAUGGAAAGCUCUGUGCAUGCUCUUGAAGACGGUGGCGAGGUCCACUUGCGACCCGCUGGACGAACAGCGGUGGUGGCUGGCAUGGGUGACCACGGAUACCUAGCUGGAAGCUUCACAUCCGCUGAGUCCUUGAGGAUUCAGCUUGCCACCAGCAAGGACUUUCUUGCAAACCGCGUGGCUUACGCGCUCAACUUCUCAGGGACACUGCGAGCAGGCUUUGGCCGGGGCGGUAUCCUUGUCUCCACUGACUCCGGGGUACGUUGCCGGCGAUGGCUUGCAGUUUUCUCCGCUUGGAGGCAGAAGCCGCUGCCGCGCGUUCUCGCGCGACGCGGUCAAGGAGUGGGUGCAGUGCUGCUGACACAGCAUGACCCCGCCGGCUUGGCACGCUCUACUCUUGAAGGAGCUGCUGUAAAUAAUGAUGGCAAUACCAAAGGCGUUUUUCAACAUCCCUGCCGGAAAGCGCAGACAUCUCUUGUUGUCGAUGCUCUCCGCAAGGCUAAUUGCGAUCCAACAUACAUAGCUAUGGUUGAGUGCCAUGGCACGGGGACGAGGCUUGGAGAUCCUAUUGAGGUUGAAGCUCUAUCCACCGCCUUCCGCACUUGUGGUUUGAAGGUGCUUGGAAGGUGCGCAAUUGGUUCUGUGAAGAGCAACAUUGGCCACACUGGUGCAGCAUCCGGCAUAAUGGGACUUGCGAAAGCAUGCAUGUCUAUGGCUGAGAAGAAGAUUCCAAAAACCUUGCACUGCCAACAUCUGAACCCCAACAUUGAUUUCAGCAGCUCUCCCUUCAUAGUGGCGCAGGCAGCCCGUCCACUCGAAGGCAAUCCCGAAGAGCUACGUGCAGGCGUCAGUUCAUUCGGUUUGGGUGGUACCAACGCCCAUGUGGUGAUCAAGCGAGCAGCAAUCUCUCCAGCAACCAAGCCUAGGCCUUUGACUCGAUUCAAGCGCAGUGUCUUCCGGCAUCCCAAUGCCAACCAGGAUAUGAUCCAGCCUGGUCAUGGUUAUCCUGCAACAUCCUCCCAUCAUCCAGUUUUGGGAAACAUGCUCUGGCUAAACGGAAGCAAGCUUCACAAAUGCCGGCUUUCCAGAGAUGACAGCAGAGUGUCAUUUGUUUGGGACCAUGCGGUUCAUGGAGCCGCUGUGCUCCCUGCGGCCGCGUAUGUUGAGCUUUUCCUGGAAAUUGGCCAGAGGCAAGGCUUGGAACAUGUUUGCCUGCAAGAUGUUGCCUUUGAACAUCCGCUGAAGCUGGGAGAGUCUGAAUGUUCCUUUCUCCUGCGAAUUGCCGAUCAGAAGGAUGGCUUCAUGGUGCAGGCGACAGCCAUAGAUGAAGCGAUUGUCUAUGCACGUGCCACCGUGAAGGAUGCAGCUGCAGACAGCAUAUCACUCGGCCAUGAGAACGGCCAGCAGGUGGACGUUUCGGCAAUCUACAUGAAUGCCAGCUAUGGUCCAAGCUUCCAAACAGUACUGAACCUCGAGGUCGGCUCACGUACAGCGUUCGCAAGACUUGGUAAUCCGAAUGGGCAGGCUUUCCGCUCUGAUUUUCACGUUGACCCUGCUAUGCUGGACGGAGCAGUUCAGGUCAUGCUGAGCAAGCUGCAGUUGUCCUCCCGCUUAGAUGGAGAAAUAUGGCCUCAAGGCAUCAAGUCAGUCUUCCUGCACUGCACCGCGUCGCAGCCGCUAGACACAGCCUCGGUAAAUGCAGUCUGGGAUGGCGAUGAUGGAUUGCGAGCCUCAUGCAAGAUCUUCAGCGGCGGCGAGCCCAUUCUGGAGCUGCAAGGCUUGACGUUCGCCAAGCACAAAGAAGUUCAGAGUGAUGGGCUGGUGCUUCAGCUAUUAUGGGAACAGAAGGCGCUUCUAGCGGCCGCUUCAGGCUCUUCCUUUGGCAGGGACGCGAAUGCCUUGGCCUUUGUGCGCCAGAACGAACCCAGCUCACAGCUGCUCGCGGAGAUGCAGAAGGCAAUGCCGGAGACCGGCAUCACCACUGUGUAUCCAGGACAGGGUGAAGCCAGCAUCGUACCACAGGAUGAGAAGGCUUACGAGCUACAGUUGGAAAAGUUGAGCAGCCAACAGCCCAUGUUCGUGAUGUACUUGUGGGGCCUGGAUUGCGAUGUUCACCCAGAUGCGAGACUAGCAGAGUCUUGCCUGGGUUUCAUUUUCCUGGUAAAAGCACUGGUCAAACAAAAGCGGCCAGUCAAACGACUGCUUGUGGUUACAGCUGGCGCUGCUAAAGUGACAACCCCAGACCAUGUCACACCAUCACAGUCGACCUUCGUUGGGCUUUGCCGCGCUGUGCAAAUGGAGUGCCCUGAGCUUGGGUUGCUGCAUGUCGAUGUUUCGACAAAAAUGUUUGAGCAGGGCGACAUGAGCAACAUGGCUCGUGCCUUGCUGGAUGAAGCGCAGGGUCAGGGGCAAUCCGAGCUAGGAGUUUCCCUCCGUGAGGCUCGCUAUGCCUGGAGACCUGCCUUGAUGCAACUGCCAAGUCUGGUAAGCCAUGAGAAGAUCGGAGUUUUCGGUGGCAGCUACUUGAUCACGGGUGGGCUAGGUGGCUUGGGACAGGAAAUUGCUGCCUGGCUGUGUGAGCAUGGCGUGUCAAAGCUUGUGUUGACAGGCCGUAGCCUCAAGCCCCUCAUCCAGAAAAUGAGCAACAAGCAAGCUGACAUCAGCAUUUGCAUGGGUGAUGUUUCGCAGAAAAUGCAUGUGAAGAGCAUUUUCCAAAGCCACGGGCAGACCCUGACUGGCAUUGUUCACGCCGCCGGCGUGCUUCGUGAUGGGCGCAUCGUGGAUGUUAUACAAGCGCACUUCGAUGAUGUCAUGAAGCCCAAAGUCUUAGCUGCACAUCUACUUCAUGUUGAGUCGGACCGUCUUCAGUUAAAGGACUUUGUGCUAAUGUCUUCCACUUCAGCGACGAUGGGCUCCUUCGGCCAGGUGCUCUAUGCUGGGGCAAAUAGCUAUUUGGAUGGGCUUGCAGGAUUCCGCCACGACAAGGGCCUAUGUGCUCUGAGUUUGAAUUGGGGUCCAUGGGCCGAGGUUGGAAUGGCUGCUGAGUUGCCGCCCCCCGCAGGAGUGCAUCAAUUGAAGGUUCAGACUGCCUGCGACAUCCUGGGCCAGGACCUCCCGCGUCUUGACAGAGACGAUUUGACAGCCUUCCUGGUGGAGUGCAUUCAGGACCUGUCUGUUAUCGAUGCUGUGGACAUGUCAUUGAGCUUUGUGGAGCUGGGUCUGGAUUCUCUUGGCCUGGCCGAGAUUGCCCGGAAGCUAUCAAGCAAGACACACAGGAGCCUGAGUGUGGCCAAGCUCUUUGAACACUUAACGAUCGAAAAGCUGGUAAGGUAUCUUUUCGAAGACUCUGCUGACAUCACAGGUGACGGUGGACCAUCCUGGCCCCAACCAAGCUUAACAGCCAACUUGCCAGACUCGGAAUGUGCUGUGCGCGGCGUGGCGAUGGAAUACCCUCGUGGAAUUGAGGAUAUGCAGGCGCUUCAGGAUUUCCUUUCAGCAGGUGGGGAUGGGGUCCACGAGGUUCCAGCCGAACGCUGGGAUGUCGAGGCAUACUUUGCAGAUGAAGUGUCCCCUGGCCGCAUGUAUACGCGACACGGAGCCUUUCUGGGACGAGAUCCUUACACCUUCGACGAGGCCUAUUUUGGUCUCAAUCCGAGGGUAGUGAAGGUCAUGGACCCGCAGCAGCGGCUGAGCCUUGAAACAGCUGCACAAGCUAAGCACAACUCGCGUCCUGUCAGUGAUACCCACGACACGGGUGUGUUUAUGGGUGUCAUGACGAGGGACUUUGCAGACGAGCUGUGCAAGUACCAGGCGCCUCACGACAUGUACGCUGGGACCGGCAACUGCUUCAGCGUGUUGGCUGGAAGGAUUGCGGACCGAAUGGACUUUCGAGGUCCGAGCAUGGCGAUCGCCACUGCUUGCUCAUCCUCCUUGGUUGCUGUAGACUUGGCAACUCUGAACAUGUCCAAGAGCCGGUGCACUACUGCCCUUGCGGGGGGCGUGAACCUGAUGCUGGCUCCCGAUGUUUUCAUCAACUGCUGCCAGGCAAAGAUGCUCUCUCGUUUUGGGCGGUGCCUCAGCUUUGACAAAGCCGCUGAUGGAUACGUCCGGGGUGAGGGCUGCGGCAUCCUUUACCUUAUGCGAAGUGGCACGGAAGCAGGCAUUUGCACGGUGCCAGGAUCCGGCGUGAAUCAUGAUGGUGAGAGCAAUGGGCUCACGGUGCCAAAUCCUGCAGCACAAGCGCGUGUAGUGCAGCAGUCUCUGUUGGCCUCAGAUCUCCAGCCAGCAGGUGUGGAUAUUGUGGAGGCACAUGGGACGGGCACUGCGCUGGGUGAUCCCGUGGAGAUUCAAGGUUUGCAGAAGAUCUUCCAGGGGCCGCCAGGGAAGGAAGGAGCCAGCAUUCGUCAAGACGGAAUGUUUGUUUGUGUCCAGGAGUUGCGACACUGUGAACAGAACUCAGGUACUGCAAAGAGCACCUUUGGACACAUUGAAGCAGGGGCAGGCGCACUGGGUCUUCACCGGGCCAUCCUGUGCAUGUCUGCAGACACGGUCUUCUCAAACAUUUGGCUUCGCCAUCUCAAUCCCAAGAUUGAGGCCGGGUUUGAUGGAAGGCAUGUUGUGCUUGAGCAGCAGACUGGCUCUUGGCUUCAGAUCGUGGGCUCUGCUUCCCAGCUCAAGAGGAAGGCGCACGUUGCUGGUGUGAGUAGCUUUGGCUUCAGCGGAACCAAUGCCCACGUGAACCUGGUCUGUGCGCAGAAGGGGCACACCUGGAGAGAGGUUACCGGGGAGCGCUUGGCAUUCAAACGAAAAGACCAUCCAUGGGCUUUUGGUGACAAGAUACAGUCCGUCAACCUGCCUGACCUGGACAAUGGCAUCAACAACACAGUCACACUAGACCCAAAUAUGGCCUUUUCCCUCCAAUGGAAGGCAGCUGAGAUGCGGAAGCCUGAAGGGCAGAAUGGGCAGGUUCUACUUGUCUGCAACUACGAAGACAGGUUUCGGCUCGGCAGCUCACAUGGCCAUCAAGCUUGUUGGGGUUGCCCAAGCGAACUCUCAGAUGAUGAAGGCGAUGUACUGGCGCUUUCGCCUCAGACGUCGGAAGGUUUUCAGCAGCUUGCAACCAUCGUGAAUGGUGACACGGAGAUCAUUCUGCUUGCGCCGACAGGAGAAGGGCUCGUGCAAGACCGCAGAUCAGACACGGCUCUUGCCUGCUGCCUGAAGCUCCUGCAGGCAUUGAUGGACGCAAACCGGAAGCCGCGUGUGUUGGUUGUCACUUGUGGCGCCGAGCUGGUCCCAGGUGUGAAUCACGAGGUGAACCUUGCUCAUGCACCACUUCUUGGCUUCACAAGAGCUGCUGGCGUGGAAUACGAAGGCCGGCUACAGCUGUUGGACGUGCUCCCUGCCGACCUGAAUGACGUGUUUGCAAUCGCCCCCAAUUGCGUUUGGCCACGACAAGCCUGGCGGGAGAAGCAACUCUUCCAGCAUGUCCUUGUUGGCCUUGAAGGUGCACAAAGCUCGGAACAGUCUUCCCACAAGCCUUCAUCAGUGAAAUCACAAGUCCCCCGAACCCUUGUUGGCAGCACCUUUGUGGUCACUGGUGGUCUGGGCGCUCUUGGCUUUGAGGCUGUUCGAUGGCUGGCUGAGGCCGGUGUGGCGCGGAUUGUUUUGUUGGCUCGUUCGGAAGCAACUGCCGAGCGGAGGGAGGCAAUUCAGCAUCUGCAGCACAGGACGCAGGCAGAGAUCAAGCUGUGCCGCUGUGACGUCAACAGACUUUCUGAUCUGAGGGCCACCUUGCAUUCCUUGAAGACUGGACUGGGCAAGGUGGAUGGUGUGGUGCAUGCUGCUGGAAAAGCAGCGAUGAAACGUUUACGUGAGUUGACGAUUGAGGACCUUCAAGAUGCACUUCAGAACGGUGGGUCCCUUGGUGCAUGGAAUUUGCAUGAAGCGCUGCAAGGAUGGAACAUUCAACAUUUCCUAAUGUUCUCGUCUUCAGCGAUGGUCCUGCCCAUGGAAGGUCAGGCUAGCUAUGCAGCUGGAAAAGCUGGUAUGGACCAACUGGCUCAGCUUCGAAUGCAGCGCAAACUGGCCGCCACUGUCAUAGACUUUGGUCUGUGGGAGGAGGUUGGGGUUGGAAGGCACGGCUUUGGCCAGCGAUUGACACCAGGGAUGGGCAGCUUGAGCAACGAUACCGCUUUGAGGGUCCUGAGCUUCAGUUUGGAAAAGAGGCAUGUGCAGAUCCUAGCUAUGCCCAUUGAUUGGCAUAAGUUGUGGCCACAUUUGGACGAAAGCUUGCGCAGCUUGGCCUUCGCGUUUUGCCCUCGUAAAGACAAGGACAAGGCUAAGACUGAAGCUGACGCGGGCAACUCUCAUGGAAGCGUUCUUGCUGCUGCCCGAGCCGUCCUCGCUGAAGUUCUCCAUCUUGGCCAGAAUGUGGACGACGACGCCGAAUUCACAUCCCUAGGCGCGGACAGCCUCAGCAUGGCAGAGUUCACGAACAAGCUGAACGAACUGUUGGGGGGAAGUCUUCCUGCAGCACUCAAGAUCGAGUCUGUGAUGAGCAGCGGAACCAUCAGUCGCCUUGUCAAGCAUAUAACAGGUGUUGAGGCGUCAAACUCCACGGACCCUGUGGGUUACAUGCAGAUGCAGCUCCGCGAAAGAUCAACCAUCAAAAUCUUGCGACAAGGAAAUGAUGAGGAGAUGCGCAAGCGGCCCGUUAUUUUCGCGCACAGCAUCAUGGGAAAUUCAUUUCUUUACCAGGCUUUGGCUGGAUGUCUUGCUGGCGAGCAUGUGGUUGCCAUCGAUGAUCCCAACUUCAGAAAUCCAGAUGAUCACUUUAAAUCGCUGGAGGACAUGGCUUCUCACUACACGGAUCUUAUCAUGCAGAAUUUCGAGGGGCCCUACCAGGUUGCAGGCCUGUCAUUUGGCGGAGUUCUGGCAUUCGAGGUCGGCCAGCAGUUGGCUCAACGUGGCCAAGCUGCCGCGGUGGUGAUGCUUGACUCCGCGUGCCCCAGACCAGGUCACCUGAAGCUACCUGACGCUCAAACCGUGCCGCAGGAGCACGUAAUGGGCAAGUUGGAGCCCAAGAUAAAUGACCUUUACUGGGAAGAGCUCCGGAACAAUGAACGGAUCCUCAACGCCUACCAGCCACAACAUCCGAAGGAUGGCCUUCGGUUGGUACUCCUGAAAGCACGAGGCCUCGAUGGCACAAGCAAGACGCUGGCAGGCCUGGAAGACUUGCAAAACGGAUGGGGCUGGAUGAGCCCAAAGCUUGAAAUGCUCAGCGUCCCAGGCUCCCACUUCACCAUGUGUGAGCCCGGGUAUGCUCGUUGUACAGCCGCAGCAAUGCAGUUUGUCCUGCGUUCAGAGAAGCGACUCCUCCUAUCCGAUAUGGACCUUUGGUUCCAUGCAGUUCGCCACGGGGACCGUUUCUUCUAUUGCCGUCUGCUCAGAGAGCAGUCCCUGCAGACGUCUCAGAGAUGGAUCUCCGCCGACGACGACGAAGGCCUCACAGCACUGCACUUGGCAGCGCAGAACGACGACGUCUUCCUCAUCAAAAUGCUGUUGGGGAAAGGUGCAGAUCCAGGAAAACGCAGCAGCGCUGGUGAGUUGCCGCAUGACACAGCUCGCGUGGCUGAGAGCUUUCAAAGCUUCAGCUUUUUGAAUCAGGUAAGCUCCUCCGAAGACUUGGACCAUCUGCUGAACGACAACAAGAAGCAGUUGGAGAUCUUUGCCCCUCCGCUCACAGGUGUUGAAUUGCGCGGCCAUACCUGGCUUCGCACACUGCGUGACUUGAACGAGUCUGCAGCAGACAUUGUGGAGCCGGCUGCUGAUUCUACUGGCAGUCAAGCACCGCCAAUGGCCCAGCAGAUGCGCUGGUUGCAGUCACGCAGGCAAGGUCAAACGGAUUCGGAUGCGCAGGCAUGA